AUGCAGGCAGCUGUGCAGGUCUUCAUAGUCGCAAGUCCUCCACAGGAGCAGGUCGCAGCAUCUCUUCAUGAGCCAGUGGACCAGCACCCAAAAUACAACGAAAAGAUGUUGGAAUUCCUGGGGGAACAACUGGCUCAGGUUGAGAGCUUGCCUCCUGAGGGAGUGACUCAAAGCUCAGUUGAGGAGUUUCAAACAACUGUCCAGAAAGGAGAAAGGCUUAUUGCCAUGCACAAGGGCCCCUUCAGCUUGAGGACUUUCUACAUGAGCACAGAUGUCAAGGACUGUGUGUCCGAUAUAAGUGACAUAUUGUGUGACAUUGUCAAAGAAUGGCAGAGAGACGACACAGUGGCGGUCAAGAAGGAGGUGCCAGCAGAGCAUUUUGAGACAGACAAGGAGGCCAGCUCCAAAAUGCUGAAGUAUAUCAUCAGUGGUGAUGUGCCAAGCGGGGAGGUGCUGCCUCAGCAUUGGAAGGGGAUGAAGCGUGAACAUGAGGAGUAG